AUACCUUCUUUGAUUAUAUUGAAUUAUGAAAUAACAAGACAUAAUUUAUUGAUGCAUAAUUGCUUUUUUACUGUAAUGUUUAUACAGACAAAUGAGGGGUCAGAUGGAGUUACACACAUGCUUAAAUUCUGUCAAAGUUCAAAGACCUCAAGUACGAAUAUUGGAAUUAUAAUAUACGACUUAGAAACCGAAAAUUUUGAAUUCAUCUUAAUUGGAAAGGCUCUUUCAUGUACAUAGGAUAGGCAAUGGCAGCUGUAUUACCUAACGCGUCAGAUGAAAAUUCUAAAAUAUGUUGUUCAACACAUUCCGAUGAAGAGUGUACAUUCGUAUGUGGUGAUUGCACAGCGUUGAUUUGCGAUGAUUGUGUUGAUACCGAGGAUCAUGAGGGUCAUGAUAUUAAAUCGAUCAAGAAGUUUAUCAAAGAAGUAGAUCUCGACGAUUUAAAGGAAUCAUGUGAAAAAUUUGACUGCUUUAAAAUCAAAGCAAAGAUAUUAGAUGAAACAGAGAGGCGGUUCCAAAAAGCCUUAGAUGGAAUACAUUCGCAGGCAUCUAAAAUGAUAUCUGAAAUCAAUAAAAUAAAAGAGAAGAAAAAACGUGAGUGUGAAGAAAAGAAAGGUAAAAACGCUACCACGGUGAAUGAAGUUCUUGCUGUCGUUGACCCAUCUGAAAUAGCAGACAAGAUAGAUAAUCUACCUAAGAAAGGCGGUCGUACUCAAUAUGCAGAAGUUGCUCAGGCUCUUUUAAAAUACCAUAAAACUAUGGAAUCGGAAGAGAUCGAGGCCAAAUGUGACGCAUCUGUAUAUGUUCCAACUUUUACACACGGUAAAAUACAAAAAUCUCGGUUAGAGAAACAGUUUGGUGAACUGGAUUUCGAAGAGGAAGAUGUAGACAACUUGUUUGACACUGAAGAGGAAACAACUGAAAGUGAAAGUAGUGAUGAUGCAAAUGCUGAUGAUCAGAACAAUGAAAAGGGCAACAAGGAAGAUGGUGAAGGCGGUAGCGACUUUCUUAAUUACUAAUAGUUAUACUUCGGUAAGAAUUUCGUGUGAUGAUGUAAAAAAAAACAUAUGUUGGUUAUAGAUACAUUGCAUAUGGAGUCACAUAUUUUUUUUUUCAAUUUGAAACUUAGUUGGUUGUGCUACAGCUUAAGACAUUGUAAAAUAAACAAAGACGAUUGAUAUGUUCAUUUUCUAAUUCAAUUUUCGCUAGAUUUUUUGGAAUAUUUUAUAUUUCCUGUCAUAAUUCACCUUUAUAUGACAUUUCCAUCAGAGAAAAAAACUCUGUACCAAUCAAGCAUUUGUUAUUGAUGGGCAAUAUAUAUCCUCUUAAAAAAUAGUUAAUCUAAGCAAUCCGAAAGUCUGUUAACGUAAAACCUAGACUUAAUACAAGUUUAAGUAACCAAGUCGUCUUCAAAAUGCAAUUAUUUUUUUAUAGUUGAUUGAUGUGAAAUGUUUUACCCGAAUGAUGUUUUUCUUAGUCGUUAGGUAUUUGAGUGUAUUCAUGCACUAUUAUCAAAACACUGUUUGAUUUUAGAAAGAUUAAAAUUCAAAAGACCAAAUACAAAUAUGCGAGAACUUUAUAUAUAGUGUGGUUGGUAUACUCGUUAUUCAGUAUUUAACGAGAAGUAGAUACGACAAAAUAAUGGUUCGAUUUUUAAUAAAAGCUCAAGUUAAUCUUGAGCUGCUAUUUGACACUCCAAUUCAAAAUGGCACACACAAUUGGAGACCUAAGUUCUCAUUCAACAUUUAUUUAUUUACGUGAGGUAAUUUCAACUCAACAUGUCUGUACAACGUAGUUUUGAAUUCAUCUGAAAGAAAAGGUAAAUACAUAUAUUUGCUCAAAAUACGGGAUAGCCAAGAACUGAUAUAACAUCGUCUCCUAAGCCUUAGCUGCUUUAUUUCAAAUAAAAUAUCCAGAACAACACAACUAAGUAAAUACCUGUUUAAUUGGUGACGUCAUCGACGAUAUUUAUAAUUGUUUAAACCUAAAUGAAGGUCGUCAUGGGGGACUUCAUAUAAGUUUCUUAAUUUCAAUGGCAUUUUUUUCAAUUUUUUCUAUUUCUUGGGGUUUUUUUUAUUAUUAUUAUUUCUGCACGUUACUCUUUACUUUAUUAGCACCCAAUGGUUUUUAUACCAACAUUUUUAUUCUUUUUUUCUGUUCUUUGCUUUUUUGGCCCUUUAUCACUAUUUUUACCGAUUAUUAUUAUCUCAUCUGAUAUCUCAGAAUUUGUUGAACUGGUAGAUCUUAUUUCCGAUUAUUUUAUGUUAUAAUAGUUUUUAUAUUCAUUCUUAUAUUUAAAUUUGUUUAUCUUGUUUGGAAUAUUGCAUUUAGAGGGUAUAUCAAUAGCCUUUUCUGCUGCAGACUUUACAGUUUUAGUAUUAAACGACAAAUCUUUCAAACAAUUAGAUUGUUUAUUCUUAUUUUAUUUAAAAACUGUUACUAGUAUAAAAACUGUAUACUUUUUCAAAUGUCAGACUGUUACAAUUUUCAUGUAUAUUUUGCCAUAAUUCGUUGAGUUUAUAAUAUCUUUUGUUCUCAUAAAAGAAUUGAAUCCGGUAAGAGAUUAUAAAUUCACAUCAACGACCUUUUAUGCUUCAUGUUUAUUUACUUAAUGAGACAGUAACAAUGUGAUUUCGUUUAACGAA